AUGGCCUCUUUCCCAGAAUUCCUGAAUGACUCGUCUAUCCACAAUGACCCUGGUGCAAAGGUGCCCCUGCCUUGGGCAGGAUUCAUCACGCUGUCCCUCCUCAUGGCCGUGUUCUCCAUCACAGCUGUCGUGUUGAACACUACAGUGAUAGUCGUCACCCUUCGGCACAAACAGCUGCGGCAGCCGCUGAAUUUUGCCCUGGUCAACCUCGCCGUGGCCGACCUGGGCAUCACGUUAACAGGAAGUGUGUCAUCUGUGGUGACCAAUGCAGUGGGCUACUACAUUACGGGACGGGUCGGAUGUAUACUGGAGGGAUUUUGUGUUGCAUUAUUUGGUAUAACAGCGCUGUGCACAGUGGCCCUGAUUGCUGUGGAACGGCUGUUCGUAGUGUGCAAGCCUCUGGGUACCAUCACAUUCCAGACCAAGCACGCCGCAGGGGUGGCGUUCUCCUGGCUCUGGUCUCUGAUCUGGAAUACUCCGCCUCUCUUUGGCUGGGGGAGCUACCAGCUGGAGGGAGUUGGCACAUCCUGCGGACCCGACUGGCAGAGUCGAGAUCUCAAAAAUGUGUCUUACAUCAUCUGUUACUUCUCACUCUGUUUUGCUGUGCCAUUCGUCAUCAUUGUGGUGUCAUAUUCAUGGCUGCUCUACACGCUAAGACAAGUAGCUAAGGUUGGUGGCUGUGCAGCUGCGAGAGCAGAGUCUAAGGUGGCGUGGAUGGUGGUGAUGAUGGUGUUGGCGUUCCUCGUGAGCUGGCUGCCGUAUGCUGCUCUGGCUCUGAUGGUCGUCUUCAACCCUGAUGUCCAGUUACCCUUUUUUAAGGCCAAUAGCCUUUCAUUCAUAUCACAUCUGUGA